AUGGACGUGUUUUGGAUCCCUCUUCUCGCCAUCCUCGUGCUCCUCCACCAAACCAGUGACGCCAGCGACCCCAAGGAGGUGAUCGGGGUCCUGGGCGGGUCCAUGACCUUGCGCGCCCACGAUGCGGAAGGAAAUGCAGCACACUGGAAUUUUGGGGGUGAUCCCAUCGUGACCGUGCCAUUUAGGGAUCCUCGUCAAGCCAUAUUUCAUAAAGACACAUUCGAAACCCGCUUUGCUGUCUCUGAGAAGGGCCACGUGCUCAGAAUCUCCCAGCUGAGGAUGGAGGAUGCCGGGACCUACUCUGUAAUCAUUGGGGAGAAAAGAUCCACCUUCACCCUGCGGGUGUUCAAGGAGCUGGCAGAGCCCACGGUGACCUGCGAGGCCCAGAACUGCUCAGGCGGGAGCUGCAGCUCCUCCCUGCGCUGCUCCGCGCCCGGCGCCGGCCUCGGGAACGUCUCCUACACCUGGAGGAUCCAGGGUCGGACGUGGGACGGGAGCUCCGUGGUGCUGCUGCUGAACGAAACGUCCCAGGAGGAGCCGGAGCCGCUGACGUGCACGGCACGGAACCCCGUCAGCAACAGGAGCGUCACCGUCACCGCCCCCGGGAUGUCUGCGCAGGUGCCCUUCUCCAGCAGCCAGGUCGGGCUCAGCGGCGGGUUCUGCAUCUUAGCUGGGAUUUUGGUCGCAGCGCUUUUGUUGAUUUUCCUCGUGCUCCUGUGGAAAUCCAAAGGCUGGACAGAAUUCCGCCUCUCCCAGUCCAAGCCUGCAGACACAGGGGCCACGAACGACUACACGACCGUGUACGCCGAGGUAGGCCCUUCCCAGCAGCGCGUCCCUGAUGGAACUAAAGCCAAACCAGCCGAGGGGGGACCCUCCUCAACCAUUUAUUCCCUGGUCAAGCGCCCAGACCAGGUGGACGGUGGGACGGCACAAAAUGCCACCACGACUGGCCUGGAGCUGGUCUAGAAGGACCCAGAGCUAGUCUGGAGAACAAGAGACUGGUUUAAAAAAAGUGGAAUUGAUUUAAAGAUCUAUUUUAAUGAGUCUGC